GCGCGGGCCGGGGCUGGAGGCCAGCAGGACCGACCGACAGACAGACGCGGGACAGAGGGACGCAGGACAGACCGGGCAGGGGACCCCGGGCCAUGGGCCGCUUCCAGCUGGAGGACUUCGCAGCGGGCUGGGUCGGAGGUGCAGCCAGUGUCCUUGUCGGCCAUCCCCUGGAUACAGUCAAGGCCCGCCUGCAGGCCGGCACCGGCUACGGGAGCACACUCGGUUGCAUCCGCACGGUAUACCAGAGGGAGAGCGUGUCCGGCUUCUUCAAGGGCAUGUCCUUCCCCCUGGCCAGCAUCGCUGUCUACAACUCGGUGGUGUUUGGGGUCUUCAGCAACCUGCAGAGGUUCCUCAGCCAGCACCACUGCGGGGAGCCUGAGGCCGGUCCUGGACGCCACCUGUCUGACCUGCUCCUGGCCAGCAUGGCGGCCGGCUUGGUCGCUGUCGGGCUGGGCGGGCCCGUGGACCUCAUCAAGAUCCGGCUACAGAUGCAGACACAGCCGUGUCGGGAAGCCAACCUCGGUUUGAAGCCCAGGACGCUGGCGUUUGGGGCACCGCCAGUGUACCAGGGGCCCGUGCACUGUCUGUCCACCAUCGUGCGGACCGAGGGCCUGGCGGGGCUGUACCGGGGAGCCAGUGCCAUGCUGCUGAGGGACAUCCCAGGCUACUGCCUCUACUUCAUCCCCUACGUGUUCCUAAGUGAGUGGAUCACACCCGAGGCCCACGCAGGCCCCAGCCCCUGCGCCGUGUGGCUGGCAGGCGGGGUGGCAGGAGCCAUUUCCUGGGGCACGGCAACCCCUAUGGACGUGGUAAAAAGUCGACUCCAAGCCGAUGGCGUCUAUGUGACCAAAUACAGGGGUGUCCUAGACUGCGUCGCCCAGAGUUACCAGCAGGAAGGCCUGAAAGUGUUUUUCAGGGGCUUCACGGUGAACGCGGUGCGAGGCUUCCCCAUGAGCGCGGCCAUGUUCCUUGGCUACGAGCUCUCCCUGCAGGCCCUCCGCGGAGACCACGCCGUGACCAGCCCCUGAGCGCCCCCCUCCCCGCGCCCCCCACCCCCGGUGGCUUCAUUGAUUCCAGGUGACACAGAGAGGGGAGAGCCAUGUUUGCAGGCCUCAGCGCUCACCCGCACAUGCGACCUCGGCCACAGGAUGCUUUCCUAUUUAUUUUCUCUUUGAGAAGACCUAAGGGAAAACACCAGGUUUGCUGAUUGGCUCAUCUGUGGCAGUGAAUGGUCACCUGCUGCUGCUGCUCUGGCCCAUCUCGGGUGACAGACUGCCUUCUCUGAAACCACGCCCAAACCACCAGAUUCUGCCAGGUCAUGAUCCUGGGGCUCCCAGCACCGUGGAGGCGGGGCUUCCUGAGACUUAGAAAACCCAGAUGGAAGAGGAAGUACCCCAUUGCUCCCCCGCCCUCCCCCGCCCGCCCCACAGCAGCCUCCGUCCCUCCAGGAAAUUGCCCAGCCCCCAGAUAAAAGUGUGGGUGAGCCCAGAGCAGGGGGAAAAGCAAGCAGUAAUCCAAUCCCUUAUCGCCCAUUGUGAAACCCAAACAACUCAGACAGCUCAGGGGUGUUUUGACUCACUGGCCUUCAAACCUCGACUGCCUCGUGUGAAAACUCAUUUCGGCAGAAGAGGUUUUGUAUUCAUUUUCAAGAAGGUUAAAGAAUGAACCUCGGCAGGCCGCUGGUGGCUCACGCCUGUCAUCCUAGCUACUCAGGAGGCUGAGAUCUGAGGAUCACAGUUCAAAGCCAGCCU